AUGCCGCUCUCUGGAAUCUUAGCUGAUUCCCGCUACGGCAGACAGACAAGGUCAACUACAGUCGUCAGGAAAGCUUUGAAUACCGUCGGUUUCUCCGGCCUGGCUGCCUGUUACAUCACCCUGGCGGUGUCCACCAGCCUCGGGAUGUCGCUGGCUAGUUUCUGCGCUGCCGGAGCGUUCGUUGCACUCACUAUGGGUGGAGGAUUCAACGUCAACCCAUUAGAUCUGUCACCGUCCUUUGCUGGGCUCAUCAAAGGCAUCUCCACAUCCUGCUCACAUCUGGCCGGGUCCAUCUGGGUCGUCAUUGUUGGUGUGCUGAAAAAACACAAGACGAAUCACGAAUGGUCCUUAGUGUUCACCGUGGUAACCUGUCUGCUCGUGGCGGCUGCCAUCAUCUACCUGGUCUUCGGCAGCGGGGAAGAGCAGCCCUGGUCCCGAGGCGAGCCCGACAAGAAGACCCUGACCUUCGCCUCGCCACAGGGUCCACCGGACAUGAAGAACGGCUUCACCAGGGCCACGCUGACUGUACAGGGACACGUGGAGGAGGAUUACACCGUUCAUGACGACUUCACCAGGAGUUCGGACGAAGAGGAACUCCCGCUAUUAGAAGAGGACGGGACACUUGAAAGAUUUGGCAGAUAG